UAGUGCAAGAAGUUCCGGCAGCCCAUCAUGUGGCAAAGAGUCAUGGGCAAAGCGUGGGGCUUCCGCCUGGUAUUCUUGCGUGGGCCUGGUCACCCUUUGAAGAGGAUCAUUCCGAAAAGCUACGGCCGAAGAGGACUGGUAACGUUGUCAGUCACUCCCGCUGUAGGCUUGGCAGAUCGGCCCGCGAAAAUGACGAUCGAAGGGCUGGCGCCUUUGCAGGGAGUGACGCUCCGGACGCUAGUAGCGAACGGGCAGGGCAGCCUCUUCGACGCCUGCGCACAUUACCAAGCGGACCAGCAGGGAGGAAUAGACCUGUCCAAAGAUGUUUCUAGGGGAGGGGACUAUGUCGGACUUGAGCCCAUGGGGCUGUUUUGGAGCCUCUCCCCCGCUACCAUAGAGAAGCCUUACCAAAGGCUGGAGCCCGAGGACGUGGAGAGUCCCGUGAAAGUGCAGAUCACGGUACAUCAGGAAUAUAGUCAGCCUGGGGCCAUCCCCGGACAGGUGCUUGCUCAAACGAUCGUGGAAAGGUGGUUCACUCUUCCUGGCGUGAGAAGGAUUAGGUUGAAGGAAGGUGCGAUCAGAGGCAGCUUGUUCCUUCCGCCAGGGAACGGUCCAUUUCCAGGUGUGAUAGACAUGUUUGGUGAUGAAGGUGGGUUAAUCGAAUUCCGAUCCAGCCUUCUGGCAACCCAUGGCUUUGCAGCUCUUUCCUUGCCAUAUUUUAAUUUUGAGGAUCUCCCAAAAGUCAUGGAUGAUUUCCAUCUUGAAUAUUUUGAAGAGGCAGCCAGGUUUUUGUUGCGCCAUCCGAAGGUUAAAAAACCAGGAAUUGGUGUUAUUGGAACUGGGAAAGGAGGAGAACUGGCUUUGUCAAUGGUGACUUUCCUUCCAGAAGUGGUGGCUGCUGUCUGCAUUUCUGGCUGCAGCUCCAUCACUGCCACUGCCCUUCAUUAUGGAAAACAGACCCUGCCUGGACUUUGCUUUAAUAUGAGCAGGAUCAAAAUUUUGGACAAUGGAAUAUUUGAUAUUUACGAAGCUUUGGAUGACCCAAGGAAUCCAGCCAAUUCACAGUCCCGGAUUCCCAUUGAAAAGGCAGAAGGCCAUUUCCUUUUUGUGGUUGGAGAGGAUGAUCACAAUUGGAAGAGCUCCUUGUAUGCUGAAAUAGCUACUACAUGCCUACACCAGCAUAAGAAGGCCAAUUUUAAACUCUUGAGUUACCCUGGAACAGGCCAUCGAAUUAAUCCAUCUUUUUUUCCUGUUUGCCUGGUAGCUUUAGACCGUGUUCUAGGGGUGCCUAUUCUGAGCGGUGGAGAGAACAAAGCUCAUGCUUAUGCCCAGGAACAUUCUUGGGGGAAGAUUCUUGAGUUCCUGAAUUUGCACUUGAGAUCAGACGAGCAGACAGAUGGUUGAAUACUGAAACAAAUUGAGAAAAAAAGUUUCAAAGAAAACAAAGAAAUAGUCAGGGACUGAACAAGAAGGAUGGGCAAUGAUAACAUAUAAAAUAUAUGCUUUGGGUUAUAUUAUGAACAGUAUAGAUAACAAAAUUAAGGUUAGUACAGAUGGAAUGGCCAAAAGUAUAUUUUUAGAAAUAUAAUCUAGAGUACUGGAAUGAAGAAUGGCUUUGUUUAUAGUGUUACAAAUACCAGUUAACUCCUAAAGCACUGCAACAAAUUAUACAUUGCCAGCUGCGCCAAGUACAACUUCUGCCAUUUUGAAAUCACAUAUCCAAAAUAUAACUAUUUUCUGCCUUCUGGAAAUUUUAUGUUUUGUAAUAUAACUUCAGCACACAUAGCAAAUACUGUAUUAUUACUUGAAUAGAGAACACUUAAAUGAGAAUUGGGUAUUAUGAUUUACAAUGAUACAUAAAGUCACCUCCAAAGUGCAUUAGCCAAUUUAAUAUGAAAGAUGGCAACUUUUCUUUAGCUGCUACUCAAAUUAUACUGGCUUUUAUAACACAGAUACCUGUUUUUAUAACACUCCAAGAUAUAUUAUAGCUUAUGUGUGAAUCUAGCCAAAAUCAAUCUUGCCAAAACUGCCAAAAUCUUUAGUUGGAAUCAGAUUUUUUAAAACAAUGAAAUAAUAGAAAGCAUUGUACAGUUUCAAAUUUUACUAAGACUAGAAUUUGCAAUUUUAACUAAAAUGUACUUCCAAAAUAUAAGAACCAUCCCAUUAAAAUGUUUAGAGCAUGUCAGUUUUUAUAGUGUGUUCACUAUAGGAUGCUCUAUCACAAAUCACUAUAGUGACAAAAACUAUAUUGUAACUUCUGUGCAUAUUAUUGACAUUUAUAAUGGUUUUAAGACUAAAUUGUCAAACAUUUAAUGUUUAGUAUACAGUAUUACUAAAGCUAUAUUCCUUAAACUACAUUUUAUUGCAAUUUAUCAAACACUAUAUAUUAGUAAACUUCUCUUGUUUGUGUGUAACCGUUACCAGAACAAAACUGUAUAUUGUAGGGCAACAAUAUUUGAACAAACAUUUUGAACCUCAAGUGAGCUAACUUACAGAAUGCAUCCAAAAUCCAGAACCUAUGACUCCCGUGGAAAUGAAAUUUGACAAAUUCUGCAAAAUAUGACUUACUGCAAAAUACCAUAAAUCAUUUCAAGGGACCAAUUCCUUAUGUUUGUGCUAUACAGUUCAACAUGAGCUACCUUCAAGGCAGAUACAUCUCUGAAUUUCUCCCUGAAUUUUUCAGAUUUUUUUCGGGUAAAGGCAGUACAUUAGAAACUGUCAUUGUUGAAGGUACUGAGGAAUCUGAUAAGAAAAUAUCACUGAAACAAUAACCUGAUGGUUCACAGCUUGCCUAGUACUUUGUAAAAUUACACCUAAGUUCAAUAACUUAGUGCAUAAACAUACUUACUUUUCUACUGGGAAAAAAUACAUCUUCUAAAAUUAAACCAGCAAUUCUUCCAAA